UGGUUUCAAUUUUUAUAGAAAUGGGAAAGGAAAUAUCUCCAAUUGACAAUUUAACAUUAACCAGUGUAAGGGAGGGACCAAUACAUAUACGAGUUAAAGCAUUACAAUACACAACAAUGCUACGAUUAUUUUCCGAAAUUAUGGAAGAAUAUAAUAUAUCAAUGUUAAGAUAUCAUGAUAAAUGCCGUUUACUUUUGCAACAACAAAAAGUUUUAAUCAGAAAACAUAUUACAAGUGAAGAACUAGAGAAGCUACUGGAUAAUCAAGGAAAUAGUUUAUUUGUUGAUAAUAUUUUAGAAGACAGUAGAAUUGCAAGGCAACAAUUAUCAGACAUUCAAAGCAGACAUAAUGAUAUAGCAAAAUUAGAAAAAUCUAUAACUGAAGUUAGGGAUAUGUUUACUGAAAUGGCAUUCCUUAUUGAAAAACAAGGAGAGCAAGUGCAUAGUGUAGAAUAUUUUGCUGGCAAAACGGCAAAUAAUGUUGAUAGCGGCCGCAAUGAUCUCAGAAAAGCAGAAAAACGCAGUCAUAGCUAUAGAAAGAAAAAAAUUAAACUUUGCAUCAUAAUCAGUAUAAUAGUUGUUGUUAUCUUGCUGAUAAUGAUUUUUGUAUAGAAAAAACUAUAGAACUUUGUAAAAGUAAAAAUUUAUUAAUAAGUAUAAUAAACAGUAUUUUUUUAUAAAACCUUCCACUAU